AUGAUUUACUUGAAGUCUUUAUUAAACGUGAUAGACAAUAGUGGAGCCCAGGUAGUGGAAUGUAUUAAGGUUUUGCGGCAUGGGCCUAGAAACUUUGCUAAGGUGGGCGACGAAAUCACGGUGGUGGUCAAACAAGCCAGACCUUUGACGGCAGAGAUUACUGGGCUGUCCGCCAAUAACAGAGUUAAAAGAAGAGACAUCUGCAGGGCCGUGGUCGUGAGAACAAAGGCUCCAUUCAGAAGACCAGAUGGCUCGACCAUUCGCUUCGAUGAUAAUGCGUGUGUAUUGGUGAACAAGAAUGGAGAUCCUUUGGGUACCAGAGUAUCAUCUGUGGUAGCACAAGAGUUGAGAAACUCCAAGUACACCAAAAUUGCCACAUUGGCUCCUAAGACGUUUUGA